UCCCAUUGUUAGGGUGGAGAUACAUAUAUGAAAAUUAUCCAGUAUCUGUGCUAAAACGUUAUGUCACGUCGUCACAUCCGUGAUAUAUAAUUCAGGAAGUCACCCAUCUGACAUGAACUCGUGCGAACUCGUGAAGUAAACUAAUGUGAGAGAGGAGUAAACUUCUCAAUUUGUGGACGGAUUUGUUGCUAUAUGUUUCUUCAAACUCUUAGUCGGAAUUGCUGGCUGAACAUGAUUACCGCACUGGAGGUCUCAUGGUGGCCAAGCUGAGGUGGUGGACUUUUUCUGAAGUUUACUUGGACUGAAUUAUCUUUACCAUGGCUUACCAUGGCAGUUCUAUUCCCCUUAGUGCAUUCGUUUUUAUGAUCUGUUUAGGUACUGCGAAAUCCCUCUAUACAAUUCCACUUAGAAUAUAUCCAGGAAAGUUUAAUUCUUCUUUGGAUUUGGAUUUAACUCCUCUGAAAACAUUUCAAGACUCUACGAAUGGACUGUCCUUGGCGUCAGAUCCAGCUGGAAUAGUGAACUUUUUAAACAUGGUCAAUAACUUACAAGGCGAUUCUGGCAGAGGCUACUACAUGGAGAUGACACUGGGUACCCCAGGUCAGAAGCUGAAUAUCCUGGUUGAUACAGGAAGCAGUAACUUUGCAGUGGCUGCAGCAGCACAUCCCUUCAUUACACACUUUUUCAACACAGCACUUUCCAGCACAUACGAGUCAACUGGCAGGGCUGUGGCUGUCCGGUACACCCAGGGCAACUGGGAGGGCGAGCUGGGCACCGACCAUGUCCUCAUUCCCAGCAUCCCCGGCACCCUCACCAUCAACAUCGCUGCCAUCCUCUCCUCUGAAGGAUUCUUUCUACCUGGUGUCAACUGGCAGGGCAUCCUGGGCCUGGCUUACCCUCUGCUUGCUCGGCCCGACUCCUCAGUGGAGCCCUUCUUUAACUCAGUGGUGCGACAGACGGGCAUCCCAGAUGUGUUCUCUCUCCAGAUGUGUGGAGCUGGGUUGUCAGCCAGCACCACUGCAGACCCCGCGGGGGGGAGUCUUGUCAUGGGAGGGGUUGAACCAACAUUGUAUUCAGGUUCCAUGUGGUACACCCCUAUAAAGGAAGAGUGGUACUAUCAGGUGGAAGUUUUGAAGCUGGAGGUUGGGGACCAGAACCUUAACUUGGACUGCAAAGAGUACAACAUGGAUAAAGCCAUAGUAGACAGCGGAACCACUCUGCUUCGGCUGCCUGUGAAUGUCUUCAAUUCUGUAGUGGAGGCCAUCUCAAGAACAUCUCUGAUCCAGGACUUCUCCUCUGGGUUCUGGGGUGGCACUAAACUGGCCUGCUGGUUGAAAGGAGAGACACCGUGGAGGUUCUUUCCAAAACUUUCCAUCUACCUAAGAGCCACUAACACCAGCCAAUCCUUCAAAAUCACCAUCCUUCCUCAGCUGUAUAUCCAGCCAAUCACAGACGUGGAAGGCACGCUGGACUGCUUCCGCUUUGGCAUCUCUUCAUCAGCCAAUGGCCUCGUGAUAGGAGCCACUGUCAUGGAGGGCUUCUAUGUGGUCUUUGACCGGGCAGAAAAGAGAGUGGGCUUUGCUGUCAGCAAAUGUGCAGUGAAUGGGGGGAUAGCUGUGUCGGAGAUCUCGGGGCCCUUUUCAUCUGCAGACGUGGCGUCUGACUGUGCUGCCGGAGGGCUGCUGAAGGAGCCCCUUCUUUGGGUCAUCUCCUACGCCCUGAUGGCCGUCUGUGCUGUGGUGCUCCUCAUCCUGCUCCUCCUCCUCGUCCUGCCUUGCCGUCGUCGAAACCGGUCUGGCGAGAUCACUGAUGAAUCCUCACUGGUUCGUCACCGCAUCAAGUGACUGAGGCGGGGCUUAGGAGACACCAUGACGGACAGCAACAGUCUCAGUUCUACUGACGCUGGGAGGGGGAAGGUGUUGGACAGCACUGACCAAUAGAGCUGUUUUCUGGACAUACAAUAAAAAAAAAAA